UUGCGCUUAAAUUGCUUGUAAGUUAGUAAGUAAUUUAUAAUUCUCUAAGAAAACUAAUUGUCUAUGAUAAUUUUAUCAGUGAUAAACCUAUUGUGACGUAUUGUCAGUUUGAACGGUUUCGCAUGUUUAGAUGUCAGACAAAAUUUAAAGCUGUAUUCUGGAGCUCAGCUGCUAUUCAAGUUUUGUGCUGAAGCAACACUACAACAAUCUCUCUGAUCAGUCUGAUCCGGAAUUAUCCAUUUUCAUGUGUUUUCUCUCGUUCAGGAUUGCAUCCCGUAUCCGCUUUAUGAAUAAAAGCUAUUAUUGAGCGACACUCCUGAGGGACAGCCCAUGUUUCCUCCUAUUGCCCAUUUAUAGGAUACGGGUAGCACUAGCUGUAACAGUGGGCGAGCAUCGGAUGAAGUUCGUUCUGCUUCGAAAGCGGAGUGGAGUGCGCGAGGGACGCCGCGCCUGAGUGCUUGCCGCGAUGAUCCCGCGACGCCCUGUACCCUGGCCGUCGUGCUGGCUCGGAAUGGGUGCUGCUGUGCCAACAAAGACCCUUAUGCUACGGACCCCUGUGCGUCCGCUGCGCGCCCUGGGACGGGGGCUCGUGGGCACUGAAUGGCAGGCUCCCUGUUGGCCGCACGCAGCGCGCGGACUGAGCAGCCACCCCGCCCCCGCGGGCGGCAGCCCCAGCGUCAGGGGUGGACCGAAUGGCGCCCCUGCGGAAGGGGAUAUCCGCGCUGCUCCGCCGUCUGUCCGUGCUGACGCUAUGGCACCCGCCCCCGAGCUCCCCAAGCCAUCGUACUGGCAGCGCUUCAAGGAGAUGUACAAAUCCUACUGGUACGUCCUGCUGCCCGUGCACGCCCUCACCUCCGCCGGCUGGAUGCUGCUCCUCUACUACCUGGUCAAAAGCGGCGUGGACAUCGUGGCACUGCUGGAGAAAGUGGGCGCCAGUGAACAACUGCUGGAGCGCUUCCGGCUGGAGUCGUCGCGGUCGGCGACGUACGCGUACCUGGCCAGUGCGUACGCGCUGUACCACGUGGUGGCGCCGCUGCGCUACGCCCUGACGCUGGCGCUGACGACGCUGGCCAUCGCCUACCUGCGCCGCUGGGGCUACAUCCGGCCGCUGCCCUCCAAGGAGCGCCUGCAACAGAUGGUCAGCCAGGCGCCCACGCACGUCCGCCGGAUGGUCCGCCGCCGGCUGGACGCCCGACACAAGGCCCGCGCCGAACACUGUGAUAAAAACAAUUCUCCCAAGCAGCAGUGAAGCAGCAGAAGAGUUCCAAGUCAGCCCGUUGUACGAAUGCACGUGAAGUACCGUGUGUGAUUUGACUUCCGGUAUCCAGAAUUCAGCGUGCUGACAGUGGUGCGCAGUGCAUCGUAGCGCCAUUUGCGGACCGAAAGUAGCACUGCUUGUUAUCCGGGAUAAUGUUCCUCAGUGAUUUUAAUUUGUUGGCUUGUGGCUUGGGAAUGCAGGCCUAAGAACUACCAACGCUGCGAUGCCUGUGUCAUGUUGUAACGCGUUGGGUGGUAUUUGUGGGCGAACUUGACGGCGGUCUUUCUUUACUAAUCACUUCCGGUUCGGCUGAACGGGAUUGUCGGUCACUAAAUGGUGACGGUGUUGGUGCAAUCAGCGUGAUGCAUUGUCUAAAGCACUCGUUCUACUUUUCAC